GGCAAAAAAUAUUACCAGUUAAUAAUCAUAAUAAUGAAUGACUUUAUAAGAUCUUUUUUCGGUUUACCAACUCGAAAUUAUGAUGAAUUCGAACCUCGAUCGUUCGGCUUUAAUCGCGCAUUUGAUGAGAGUGAUAAUAUGACGUCUGAAUCUGAUGUAAUUUUUGGGAAUUUAGAUAACAUGUUUAGAAACUUUGAUCAAAUGUGUAAGGAGUUUGAUAGCAUGUUUAAUGGAGCUAAUAUUGGAAUAGGUCAGAAUCAGUUUCCGGAAUUACCUAAUGGAGCUUUAUCAGACGAAAAUGAGAACUUAUCACCGAGAGAUCACAUGCUAAAACCAGAGGGUCAUGAAAAUCGUUCACCAAAAACAAUUAUUCCAAAAGACGAUUCCAUUUGGAAUAUUCCAGAAAAUCCUAGUGAUACCAAACAAGAUUCUGAUCUUGACGGAAAAAUAAAUAAAGAGAAUUUCGCCGAUAUUUGGUCUCAGACUCAACAAGAUCGACAUAUGACUGAAAAACAACCACAAACUAUGAAUCCUAUUUUCUCUUUUAGCUAUUAUUCAAGAACAACAACAGGAUCUAAUGUUGAAGAAGAAACGAUUAUUAGAACGAAUGACGGAGAGAAGCAUAUUGUUAAACGACAGACUGGAGAUGGCAUUUAUCAAAUGGAGAAAGAGACGAAACCAGACGGAAGUGUAAAUGUUAUUGAAAAUAAUACUGCAUCAGAAAAAAUUCUACCAAUAGAUGAUAAAGAGCCUUUAUUCGGAAGUUUAUUCAACUUUUUUAAAAGUCAAACUUGCAAAGAAAACGACAUGAACUCAAACGGAAUAGGUAACAUUGAAGAAAAAAUCCGUUCUAUUACAUUAACAAAGCGGAUAAGACCAAACGAACUCUUUCUUGACUAUGACAAACUCCGAUCCGGUUUUGUUACUGAUUCUCAAUUCUUCCGUGUUCUAUGGCAAAAUGUUGGUAUUAAGUUAGCAGCUGAAGAGGAGGAAAUUCUCAAAGAUUACUAUGGCAGAGGCAAUUUCAACUAUAGAGAAUUUUGCAAAAAUAUUGAAAAGAGAGUUGAUCCAAACAGGAUGGACGUUAAUCCUAAUAAUCAAGUUUAUGAUUAUCCCGAAUAUUUGGGUAAUCGUACGAUAAUACCGCAAGAUCAAGCAACGGAAGAAAAUCUUCGUCUUCUAUUAAUGAAACUUGGAAAAUUCUACAAGUAUCGUGGUAUUAAUUUAAGAACGGAAUGCGAAGAUUUUGAUACUCAUCACAGAGGCUUAAUUAAUUUCAGUCAAUUCUAUAGAAGUAUACCAAAACCCCCGGAAGUGAAUGAGAGUGAUAUGGCAGAUUUAAUAAAUAAAUAUAGAGAUCCUGCGCAACAUGGUCUAAUUAAUUAUUUGAAUUUACAUCGCGAUAUUGAAGAUCUUCAAGCGAACUUCGAACCUGAAGGUUUGAAUAGAGUUAAUCAACCAGCAGACUCUGCCUUCAAAGUUCAUACAAAGGAGGACAAAAGUCUUCAAGAAAUAUUCGAUAGAAUUCGUAUUGCUGUACAUAAACACCGAGUUAGAACACCUGAAUUCUUUAAGGAUUACGAUCCUCUGCGUUCAGGAGUUAUUACUGAGCAACAGUUUAUAUGUGGUCUUUCUUUGGCAAUUGGUAGUGAAGCCCAACUGUCCAGAGGGGAUAUGCAAAAAGUAGUGGAAUUCUACAAACGCUGCGAUGGUAGAGUAGGGUACAAAGAGUUUGUUGAUGUAUUAGAAAACGUCUUCAAUGAGCCAGAUUUAGAAAAGAAACCUUUGCUAACUGUUCACAGACCUCCAACUGGGGCAUUGGGAAGGAACCUACCACAAUUAAGUGGUGAAGAAGAAAGAAGAGUAUUACACGUAUUAGAAGAAAUAUCUGAAAAAGUUCGUCAGAGGAGAAUCAUGAUGUUCCAGUACUUUAGAGAUUUUGAUAGAAGUACUGCCUUCACCCGUGUAAUGACUCCAAAUCAAUUUAGUCGAAUGUUACACUUCUUAAGUUUGAAUGUUUCGGCUGAAGAUUUCAAAUUGCUUUGCCGAAAAUUUGCUGAUCCUACAACUGGUGAUAUAAACUAUCCUGGUUUCGUUCAAGCUGUUGAUCAGGAUUUUGUCAACUAUGCUCAGGGAACGGAGAAGCCCGAAGUAUGGGAAAUGGCGGACAGUGUGAAACCAAAAGUGGACAAUUCUAUUGAUACUUCUAAAGUUGAUAUGGAAAUGCUUUUAGCUCUUAUUCGUAAUCAUGUACACUCUAAUUCGAGAAGAAUUGAACAGUGCUUCGCCGAUUAUGACCAGUUAAGGAGUGGAUCUAUCUCGAAAUCACGCUUUAGAAGGGGAUUAAGCGACUUAGGUCUUAGUUCUAUCGGGACGAUUAACCUUAGCCCUGCUCAAUUUGAGGCAUUAGCAAAUCGUUACCGGGAUUCAGACAAUCCGGAAAUGAUAAAGUGGACUCUCUUUGCAGCCGAGAUUGAUCCACCAGGAAUGGAAAAGCAACUAUUGCCUAAACCUGGAACAAUUAAUAUGCAAACAGCCUCUGCCGAUCAUCAAAAAUGUUACCAGGAGGCUAUGCAAAAGCUACAUGAUAGGGUCGACCACCGUAGAGUACUGUUAAAACCUAUAUUUCAAGACUUUGACAGACAUAAUCGUGGUCACGUGAAUAAACGUCAAUUCCGCCAAGCUUUAAGUAUGGGAGAAUUAGCUUUAACUGAGGCAGAAAUAGUAGCAAUUGAAGCUUGUUAUUGUAAUGAUGAUGGAUUCAAUUACAAGGCAUUUUUGAGUGAUUUGGAACCACAGCCGGAACUAGAAUUACGCUACCUUCAAAGAUUAGCCGAUAUAAGAUUAGCAAACGAUAAAGCAAAAUUACCAGAAAUCAAUCCAGGUAGAGAUCUAGAAUGCAUAUUCGAAAAGAUUAAGAGAAAAGUCUUUAAAGAACGGGUUAGAAUUCACGAAUGGAUGAGAGAUUAUGAUAAAUUACGUCAUGGUUGUAUUCAUAGAACCAAUUUCCGUCGGGCUCUGGAUCUCUGCAGAUUUGAACUGACAGAAUCUGAAUUGGCUAUAGUGGAAGAUCAUUAUGCGGCUGCGAAACCUAAUCAUAUUGAGUGGGAGAGAUUCUCCAGAGAUGUAGAACAAAUAUUUACAGUUGAUCAUUUAGAAAAACAGCCACUUAGGUCGGUUGAGCAGUACAGACCAUCUGAAAAUCUGGAGCGAAAAUUACCAAAAGAGCAUUAUCAGACGGUUAAGAACAUUCUAGAUCGUAUCGCCAAGGAGGUGAAACAAAGACGAAUACAAUUAUACCCUUUGUUCGAAGAUUACGAUAAAGUUCACAAUGGAACGGUAACAAGAAAUCAAUUCCGUAGAGUUCUUAAUGAACUUCAGCUUGCUGGAACGGUGUCGUCCGAAUUUGAAUGGAACACCCUUCUAGAUGCCUUUAAUGCCAAGAUAGCCAACAUAUACGAUAACGUCAACUACGCAACUUUCUGCGACACCAUUUACGACCUUUGUGGUUUCGAAUUCAGAAAACCAUGA